AUGGAUGUGAACAAAAUGUUGCCCAAACCCCAUUGCUCUUUUUCGUCCUUUAACACAAAGUCAACGAACAAAUGGCCUUCGUCACUGAACAUUAUUCCGUGUCAACAAACUAUAAACAUUAAUCCUAUUGGCAAGCCAAUACCAAAUAAACGAGGAAGAAAGCCACUAACGACGAUGCCUUCUACGAAAAAACAUAUACAAAAUUUGGCAAACCAAAGAGCUUUUCGUCAAAGGCGCGAGAAUUACACAAAAAAUUUGGAAAGUAAAGUCUCAGAUCUUGAAAGGCUUUAUAAUGCUGCUCAAAAUGAAAUUAAAAGUUUAAGGGAUGAGGUGGAAAUGCUAAGAAAAAAGCUUGAUUCUUCUAGGUCUACAAGGAACGAAUCGAUGAAGAACGCUAACAUUCGAGAUUCAGAUACACGUUAUGGAGGCAUUGUUGGUUCUGCAAUGUAUCAAGCCAUAAUCGAAGAUAGUCAGAAUGAAUGUGACGCCAUAAUGAAUGAUGUAAAUCAAACACCUAAUGGAAUUUAUAUUCAUCAACCCACAAUUUCAUAUAGCGAGCAACAGCCCCAAUUUAACCAAAUUAAAGUAGUACGACAGCUCAAUCAGUUCAAAGAAAAUAAUCUAUCGCUGACAUAUAAACGUAAACCUGGCUCAUUUCCUAAUACAUCGAAUUCAAAUUCAAUCGAAUCUGUUGACGAAAUAAUUCAUAGUCCUUUAUUUUGUGAUCCCAAAGAUAGUAACAUUUGCUUUGGCGAGCCAGUUAAUGGUGAUUUGGGCUUGAAUGGCGCAAAAAUUUCACAAAUACCUACGAUCGACUCCAUGGGUAAAUACAUAUUCGGUCAAAAAACAUCCAUUUCACAUUAUUCAUCGCAACGCGCUAAUGAAUCAUGGCAAAUUCGAGAUCAUCCUUUUUUCAACCCUCCACCUACUGUUACCACAACAGUAGGAUCCUCCUUUACUCAACAUCACCCUUUGAAUUUAAAAUGGAUUCUACGUGAGGAACAAAACAUUGAUUAA